GGUAAAGCUUCAAUUGUGUCAUGGCUCCGGCGGCAUCCUCAUCGGCACCGGCGAUCUCAUGCAAUCUGUCCGGAUUUUACCAAAGCAAAUUCAAUUAUACUUCCAAUGGAAAACCCUCUUCUAAUUCCUCCUUCUCCUCAAUUUCCAUACCACACAAAUCACGUUCUAAUUGCUUGAAACAACGACGGUUUGAGAAAGGGACAACAAGCAAGCUCUGUCAUUCGGGAAAUCUAAUUGAGACUUUGGAUUUCCUUCAGGAAGAAUUCAAGCAGAAACACACUUUUGAUGCUUCUGUUUAUGGAUCCAGGAAGAGGGAAAUAGGUUUUCUACUCAAGGCUUGUGUCCAGCAGAAAGACAUUGUAGCUGGUCGUAAAUUACACGAGAUUGUAAAAGAAUCAGAUGAAUUAAGGGACGACGCCAUUCUUAAUGCUGCAAUUAUCACCAUGUAUUCCACUUGUGGUUAUUCUAGUGAGUCCUUUACCCUGUUCGACGAAAUGCAGACGAAACGUUUAUGUCAUUGGAAUGCAAUGCUUAGCGCGUUCACGAGAAAUCGCCUCUGGUUUGACGCGAUCGCGUUGUUCAUUGAAUUGUUUACGUUGACAGAUUAUAAACCUGACAAUUUCACACUUCCUUGUGUAAUUAAAGCUUGUGGUGAAAUAUUAGGUUUGGGUAUAGGGCAAGCUGUUCAUGGAAUAUCUAUCAAGAUGGGUUUAGUUUCGGAUACGUUUGUAGCAAAUGCACUAAUCACAAUGUAUAGGAGAUUCAGACUUGUUGAUGAUGCAGUUAAGGUGUUUGAGUUUAUGCCUGAGAGAAAUUUGGUUUCCUUGAAUUCAUUUCUCUGUUUACUUUCUGAUAUUGGAUCGAUUGAUGAGUGCUUUCAUGUUCUUACAGUGAUAUUGAUGGGUGAAGAACGUCUAAUACCAGAUGUCACGACAACGAUCACGAUAUUAUCGGUUUGUUCAGAGAAAAGAGAAGUGGAAUUGGGGAAGAUGGUUCAUUCUUUGGCUGUAAAGCUGGGGCUGAGUGAUGAACUGGUGGUGAUUAAUGCCCUGAUAAACAUGUAUUCGAAAUGCGAAUCUUUAUCUGAAGCUCAGAUGCUUUUCGAUAAGAACAGUAGUAACAGAAGUAUAGUUUCUUGGAACUCCCUGAUUGGCGGUUACGCCAACAAUGGAGAUUAUUUAGGUUUCUGUUUUAGCCUUUUGAGAAGAAUGGAGACAGAACUAGAACUAGAAGAAGUAGAUGAGAUAACCAUAUUGAAUAUAUUGCCAGCUUGUCUGGAAAAGAAGGAAUUAUCUUGUGUAAAGGAGCUCCAUGGCUAUUCUAUAAGAAACGGGCUUCUACAGAAGAACGAGUUUCUAGCGAAUGCUUUUGUUUCCGCCUAUGCCAGAUGUGAUUCCCUUAAGUCAGCCGAAAAUACUUUUCAUUAUCAGAUGGAAACUAAGACGGUUAACUCCUGGAAUGCAUUGAUACAUUGCUACGCUCAAAACGGAGAGCCAUUGUUGGCUUUAAAUACAUUUCGGAAAAUGAAUUUGAAUCAUGAUCAGUUCACCAUAAGCAGUCUACUUUUCGCCCUUUCGAGUUGCAAAUACCUACAACCCGGAAAGGAGAUUCAUGGGCAUGUUCUAAGAAACUGGUUAAAACCGGAUCCCUUUAUAAUGAAUUCGUUGCUCUCAUUUUAUUUUCAUUGUGGGAAAACAUUAUCUGCCCGAGCUGUAUUCGAUUCGAUUGUGGAAAAAAGUUCAAUUUCGUGGAACACAGUUGUUUCCGGUUAUACACAGAAUGGAAAUCCAAUUGAAGCCCUCGCCCUCUUUCGUGAAAUGUUAAGUAUCGGAGUUAAACCAUCGGAUGUUUCGAUAAAAGCUCUACUCGGAGCUUGUUCAAAGCUGUCGUCUUUGAAAUUAGGAAAGCAAAUUCACUGUUUCGCGCUCAAAGCUUGGUUAGGGCUGACAGAAGGAACAUUAGUCGUGCCUUCGUUAUUAGACAUGUAUGCAAAGUCAGGUUCUAUAGAGCUAGCCGAAACCAUUUUCCACCAAACUAAAUACAAAGAUGUUGUAUUAUGCAAUGUCUUGAUUUCAGGAUAUGGAAACCAUGGCCGAGGCAAAGAGGCGACGGAGAUUUUCGAGGAAAUGACAAAAUGGGGGUUGAAGCCCGAUGGUUUCACGUUCAUGGGUGUUUUAAUAGCGUGUAAUCACGCGGGAAUGGUUGAAGAGGGUUUGGAGUAUUUCCGAAGGAUGAAGACAGAACAUCAUCAUGAGAUAACGGCUAAACUUGAGCAUUAUGCGUGUGUUGUUGAUAUGUUGGGUCGGGCUGGUAGAUUUGAGGAUGCUACGAUGAUUGUGUCUGAAAUGCCGAUGGAUCCUGAUGUUGGGAUGUGGAGUUCAAUUGUUAGUUCGUGUAGGAAAUACGGUGAGUUGGAAUUAGGUAAAGUUGUUGCUGGAAAAUUGUUGGAGUCGAGUAUUUGUGAGGAAGAAGCAGGGAAUUAUGCACUUGUUUGUGAUUUAUUAGCUGAAUGUGGAAUGUGGGAUGAUGUUAGAAAGGUUAGGAGAAGAAUGGAUGAACUUGGAAUACAAAAAGAUAAAGGAGAAAGUUUGAUUGAAAUAGGAAGUCAAUUGUGUAGUUUUGUGGUAGGGGAUAACAUGUCCCCGAUAAUCGAGUAGAUCAAAAUAUUGUUCACACAAACCCCUUGUGUUUCCGGCUUCUUUGAGGAACAAGGGAAUGGACCAAACACAGCAGCAGUCAUCCUCUCCUAAAGAAAAAUUAAGACAAUCAUGUAAAUUGAGAUCAAAACCGAUUCUCUACCAUAGCAAAUGUUUUAAACAUCAUUUAAUUCUAAACACAAACAAUAAUAAACACGAUAUCAUUUGAUGUAUAAACUGAACUAAUUCCUAAAGAAACUGAAGAAAAUCGGUCAUUUCAUGUAUGUAUAUGUAUGUGUUUGAGAUUU